AUGAGCCGGUUAAGUCUUGGAGGCUCAAUCCGUCUCCACGAUCUGCUAGAAGCAUCAGACGAUGAAUACGGAUUCGUACGGACAGAAGUGGAACGAGCAUUGGAUUGUAGAGAUGCAACAGAAGAGGAGAUAAUGCGAGAAUCGCCUGUACGAUUCAGUUACAAGCUUCCUGAAGAGCAUGUCAUUCCGGCGGGUGGUGAAGUUCCGAGAGCAUCUGCUACUCCAUCUGGAUCAGUUGAUGAUAGUGAACAGAAGGACAAAUUGUCAAUCGGGUCUAAUGAUUCGGGAAAGAAGGAUUCCGAACAAAGUAAAAUUGGAGCAUUCAUAGACAAAGCCAAAAGAAAGACACACAAAUUGGUAUCAAGCAGAAAGAAGAAUAACUCAGAAUGUGGUACCGCUGAAGCAUCUCCACUUCCUUCUAUGAGGUCACUUGAGUCAAUAAGUAAAUCAGAAGAACGAUUGUCAUCAAGAAGAUCAUCCGGAGGGUCAGCGGAACAACUGAAACAUACACCAACUCCUGGAAAAUCGGGUGAUGAUAGUACAGAGAUUCUGGAAGAACUCGUGGCAAGGACAAGUCCGAACCAGACCUUGAUUGACCCAGCAGAUCCGUCCGACCCAUUUCUGGUUCAAUCACUCAUUCACAAAUGUCGAGUGUUACCAUUCUUCCGUGCUCGUCUUGUGGUUUUUGGAACUCUCAUUGCUCUGACCAUUGCGUCUCCUGGAUUUAUCACUGGAAUCCUUUGGGGAUUUUAUUCCACUAUCAUUGGGUUUUUAUACUUCUUUGUUAGUGAACCGAAACCAAAAGAAGAACAGAAAGAUCAUUGGUUUGCUGGAGAUGAAGAAGUUGAACGAGAAGUAACCAGUCCACUUGGCGUUGAUAAUAUUGAUGAUCAAGGAUUCGGGCUUGGAGAAGGAGUCAUUUAUAGAGGAUGGAUGAAUGAAUUGAGAACUCGAUAUUCUCCUGCCAACUAUCAUGUAAACUCAGCACAGUCUGUCUUAGUUCGUCUUGAAGGGUCAAUGCUCCGAAUAUGCCGACCAGCUAAGGCAGUUCUCAAACACGCUUUUUAUGACGAUCCAACAUUGAAACAGAAUCAGCCAUCGAUGGUUUCUCAAGUCAUUUAUGACAUGAAAGAUGCUCAAGUGUCUCUUCGCCCGAAACGUUUAGCACGACGUCGAUGGUGGAGUCGAAAAUAUCCUAUUCAUAUCCGAUUUGCACACUCGUCCAGCUCGCUGGUUGAAAUUGAUCAUUCUUCAAAAGCCAAGUCCCGUGGAAUGGCUCGAUCCGCAUCAAUGGCUCCUCAUCCAAAUAUAUCUGAAACAAGUGACUUCCCGCAGAAAAGUAUUUCUGAUGAUGAGACAGAUGGAUAUACGGCAGAGAGUGAAACAGAAGCUGAGGAUGAAAAAAAGAAAAUGGUUCGUGCUAAUUCUGCAUCGGAUAUUCACGAAUUCAAAGAGAGUAAAGCACACAAAAAACGAGGGAGAAGUAUUUAUCUGUUUGUGAGAGCUGCCAGAGAAAAGGAGCGAUGGUUCCAUUUACUUCGUGAAGCAUGCGCACGUGCCAGGAACUCUCCAAAAGUGCGUAGAUGUAUGUCCGUGAUAGUGAAAACAUGCUCUUCUGCUUCCCUUCCUGAAGAAAUCUGUCGGGGAGAGGACGAUACAAAUAAUACAAGUGUUGCUGUUGAUGCGCUCACAGCUGAGAAAGAAGAUUUCAAUGAAUCCCUUUUCAACACUCCGAAACGAACUUGUCUACCAAAGGAAUACGAAUAUCUGAAAUAUCGAAGCAAUUAUGCUUCUUUCGUCAAACAAAUUGCGACAAUACUCUCAGUUCAAGUUCCACCUCGGCCAGAGAAGAAUAGUACAGUGUCCGUUGAUUUGGGAACGAUGAAAUGGGCUCCAGGAGCAACACAGAUAUCAUCAGAACUCGUCGACAGCAUUAAUGUUCUCGCGACUCGAAUAUUCUUCGAUUUUUGUCGUGAUGAUUUCUGGAUUCGUCAAGUUAAACAGAAGAUUCAAAGUAAAUUGGCUACUAUUCACUUGCCCUAUUUCAUAGAGAAGUUGGAAUUGGGUGAACUUAAAUUCGGAACAACAGCACCGAAAUUCACAGCCGUUUACACUCCAAAAGUUGACGAAUGGGGGACUUGGGUGGACUUCGAGAUGAAAUACAAGGGAGGAAUUCGAUUGGUUCUUCAAACCAGUGUUAAUUUGCUCAAACUUCAAAGUGGUUCACAGCAGGUCGAUACGGAAAAACGAGUGAACAGAUGGACAGAAUCAAUACGAGUUACUAGAUACUCUGAUUCUGAUUUGCCAGAAAGUCCAGAAAGCAGUCCUGAUGAAGACUUUGGAGCCAAGAACAAUUCAGAAGGAACAACGAAAGAGAAAACUGGGAAGAAAAUUCUUUCAAUUGUCGAACGGGCUGCACAAAGUUCACUUUUCAGAAAAGCAGCCAAGUUGCAAGCUGUUGCGAGAUUAAUAGAAGACGUGUCAACGACUCCUCUGAUGUUGAACGUUGAAGUAGAAGAAGUUGAAGGGCCAAUGACGUGCAACAUUCCUCCACCACCAAGUGAUCGUUUAUGGUAUGCUUUCCGACGUCGACCAAUACUCAAACUCCGUGCUGUUCCUCAAGUCGGUGAUCGGUCGGUGGAUCUUUCAACUGUUAGUGAAUGGAUUGAAACUAAACUCCGUCAAGUCCUCGAGAAGAAUCUCGUUUGUCCCAAUAUGGAUGACAUAAUUCUUCCUGUACUAUCCGGUAAUCCACUUCUCCAUAUGGGAUAUAACAAGUAA